GUUGCCGGUUGGUGCUGCGUCUGUUAGCUUAGUCUUAUCAACAAUGACAAGCAUUUAACAGUUAGACACCAGCUGUGUUAAACAUGUGAUAUAUAUAUAGUUAUAGCCAUGCUAACGUUAUAGCUUGAUGUAACUGUCAGAUGGUAGUUGAGAGGAGCAACCUCCUGCUCUCUCCGGUACCGAGCCCCGCUACAGAGAGGAUGUUCCCCAGCCUGGCCCACAGACCAUGGCAUGUCUUCUGCAGGGUCUCCAUGCAGCACAGGGCGCCCCUGUCUCACCGGUCCCCGAGGCUCCCACAGCUGUGCUACGGUUGGCAGAGUGGAGGCAUACAUAACUUGUGGUUCAGCCUUCCAGACUGCCGUUCUGCCUCUCUCGGGCUGGGCAAGGUGCACUACUACUCUACCUCUGGCGACAGUAAAGAUGGUCCCCCAAAAUCAACACCUGGUGAUGCUCCAUCAGCAGAACAAGUCCUGUCUGCUGCUGCCAAAGCUCCUCCAGGCUCCCCAGCACCGGAAAAUGAUUCCGGUCCAAGACCUCAGGGGCUGACUAAAGCUGAGACAAUCCAAGUGAAAGUUCGGGCAGUCCUGAAGAAAAGGGAAUAUGGAGCCAAGUACACUCAGAACAACUUUAUCACAGCAGUCAGAGCCAUGAAUGAGUUCUGCCUCAAACCAAGUGAUCUGGAACAGCUUCGGAAGAUCAGAAGACGCAGCCCCCACGACGACACAGAGGCUUUCACUGUGUUCUUACGGUCGGACGUGGAGGCCAAAGCACUGGAGGUGUGGGGAAGCCAUGAAGCUCUAGCCCGAGAGAGAAAUCUCAGGAAAGAGGUGGAGAGAGAGUACCAAGAGAAUAUUUUUCGGAAUCAACAGUUGUUGAAGGAAUACAAAGACUUUUGGGGAAACACUAAGCCUCGAUCAGUCCAGAGGGCGACUUUCCUACAAGGGCCGGGGAAGGUGGUCAUGGUCGCUAUUUGCAUCAAUGGGCUGAAUUUCUUCUUCAAGCUCCUGGCUUGGGUCUACACUGGAUCAGCUAGCAUGUUCUCGGAGGCCAUCCACUCUCUGGCCGACACCUGCAACCAGGCUCUGCUCGCUCUGGGAAUCAGCCAGUCUGUCCGCAACCCCGAUGCUGGGCACCCGUAUGGCUUCUCCAACAUGCGCUACAUCGCCUCCCUCAUCAGUGGGGUGGGCAUUUUUAUGAUGGGAGCAGGCCUCUCCUGGUACCACGGCAUCAUGGGAUUGCUGCACCCAGAGCCCAUUGAAUCUUUGUUAUGGGCUUACUGUAUUUUGGCGGGCUCUCUGGUGUCUGAAGGAGCCACGUUACUAGUAGCCGUCAAUGAGAUAAAGAGGAGCGCCCAACUACAUGGAGUGUCUUUUUAUGAAUAUGUAAUGCAGAGUCGAGACCCCAGCACUAACGUGGUGCUGCUGGAGGACACUGCUGCUGUGUUAGGAGUCAUCAUGGCUGCUAGCUGCAUGGGGCUCACCUCACUCACAGGUAACCCCCACUACGACUGCUUGGGCUCUCUGGGCGUGGGCACGUUGCUGGGCGCUGUCUCAGCCUUCCUCAUCUACACCAACACCGAGGCUCUGCUGGGUCGCUCCAUACAGGCUGAGCGUGUACAGAAGCUCACCGAGUUCCUGGAGAACGACCCCGCAGUGAGGGCCAUCCACGAUGUGAAGGCCACUGAUCUGGGACUGAGCAAAGUCCGCUUCAAGGCUGAAGUUGACUUCGAUGGCCGAGUGGUGACACGGUCUUAUCUGGAAAAACAAGACAUUGACCAAAUCCUCAAUGAAAUUCAGCUGGUGAAGACCCCCGAGGAGCUGGAGAACUUCAUGCUGAAACACGGGGAGAACAUUAUUGACACCCUCGGGGCCGAGGUGGACCGCUUGGAGAAAGAACUCAAGGCACGUAACCCGGAGGUUCGUCAUGUGGACUUGGAGAUUCUAUAAUACCUGACAGGUCUGUGCUGAGGGAACGUCCUGCUGUAAUAAGAAGAGGAAAAGGUGAAGGGAGGGCCGAGCCUGCCUCCGCAUAUCUGCCUCCCAUCCUGACCACCACAAAACAAACCGUCUCUGCACAACUCAUCAAGUCUUACUGUAGAAUAGUCCACAACCAGUCGUACUCCAGGACAGCGUUCGGGCCGUGAUCGUGCUUUCUUUGUGUUGCUUGAACUUCAGUUAGCCGAGAAUUCAACCUGACUAAGAACUGUCAUUAGUCUGCUUGAAUUUUAGGAGAAAUAAAUCUCACAUACAUCUAUUACUGAAACUCACAUUCCUGCAUGAAUGUGUUUGGACUUGGUUGAAAACACGACUGGUUCAAAAGCAAACUCAGCGAACAGGACCAGUAUCAUUUACUAGACUUGUGCUUUACUUUAAUGUGAUGCUUGAACCACAGUGAUAGUUUCCUUCAUUAGUACGAAGGAAACCGGAGAGCUACAUAUUCCAACCAGAUUUAUUUAACUGCUAGACAAUACUAGAUGUUUUUUUCUUUCUUUUAACGUAAAAGUGGAGGAACUGAAGAUGCUGCUGCAGCUCCUCUAAUGAAAACAGUUUGUGAUGAAUAGAUUUUAUUGCUAUUACACUUUUCAUUUGAUUGUAUGCUAGAGUUGAAGAGUGAACUAAAUCCGAUAGCACUUAUUGAGCAGCAGCUUAUGCAAAAUAAUAAAUAUUAGAGAACAGAGUGUUAUCACGUAAAAAUCACUAUAUUCCUUUGUUAUUAUAAAGACGAGUUCUAACAAAUGUGUUAAUUAACCAUUUAAUGGACAUGUGGAUCUUUACACAAGGUCAAAUAGAAAGAGUGAACAUCCCUCUCUUUCACUUCAUUUCUCUUUCUGCCAGCUUCACACUCCAAACUCUGACGUUCUCCAAAUUUAGUGACUUUUUCUUGUGAGGUUUGGCAGCUGAUCAGCAGGCGACUGAUUGCACUGAUCCAAAGAUGACGUGCUGGAGGGAUGCACAUGUAAAUAAGUGGUCCAUGAUAACGACUGGACCAGCCCCGUCUUCAAAUAGGUUUUUAAUCAUCCAGGAUGCCACCCUGUACAGUACGUGCAUCAAAUUAUCAAGUGAAUUAUCUCCUACUUGAAUAAUUGGCAUGAAACAUACAGCAACUGUGCUUUUUUUGCUUUUCAUUCUGCAUUUUAAGUUAGUACGGGACACAUCUGCCUGCUAAACAUCUGCUUCAAGAGAAGGUGGGGGGCUGGAGUCAUUUCAUUUCUGUUGGGAGGGCGGAUAUUAUAUUUUUGAAGGUGUUAAUAGUGUAAUAAUAUUUUCCCGUUGGUUGUUUGCCGCUGCUGAAGGAGUUGGAAUAAAUUUGAAAUAAUUUAUUAAAUUAUUUUGCUUUCCUU